AUGGGUAACAUUGCAUCGGUAAUUUCAACAAAGCGACGUAGGAGGCACACUCUGAGCCCUAGUCAAGAUAUUGAUACACUGUCUCAACUGCACAGACCCUCACCAGCCGAAUUAGAUAGACUACGACUGCAACAUCUUAUCGUCAAAACAGUAUGGCAGGGAAACUUUUCUUCUCCUUGUCAUGAAAUAUUACGCAGUGGUUGUGCUAGAAUAUUAAAUGUUGGUUGUCGGCCUGGUACUUGGAUUAAUGACACUGCAUUCGAGUAUCCAGAGGCACAUUUCGUAGGAGUCGAUGUAUUGCCCGAAAAUCUCUUCGAACAAUCUCAUUUUAAUGUCGAAUUUAAACAGACAAAGUCGCUGACUAAGUUACCCUUUGAAUCCAGUACGUUUAAUUUUGUCACAAUGUCUUUUCUUAUGUUACAAGUCUCGAACGAAGAGUAUGCAGAAGUGGUGAAAGAAUGUGUGAGAAUGCUCAAGCCGGGUGGAUGGAUUGAGAUAAUGGAAAUUGAUUCUGGAUUACAGAAUCCCGGCCCUGCAACGGCGGAAGUCAUAAAGACAUGCAAGUGUUUAUUUAAUGUCAGAUACUGCGGAUCGAAUUCAACUGCAUAUUGUUUUCAGAAAGUCCGUUCAAAAAACCGGGACCCAUGCAUAGCAAGUUCAGUUGAAAUAUUUCUGAAAGAGACUGGUAAACUAUCACGCAUCCAACAUGAGACGCGUGACUGGCCACUUGGAUCGUGGGCGGGUAAAUUUGGAAACAUGAGCAACGCAACUGCAAACGAAAUCUUUGUUGAUUAUGCUAAACAAUUUGCCAUGUCGAUUACUUCCGAGCCGGAGGAACUGGAAGAGUUGGCAAAGAAUUAUCUACUCGAAUGGGAGACUAACCGCUCUUCAGUAAGGAUGAACAGGUUUUAUGCACAAAAGCAAUAG